AGGAGCAGCCUGUUGUGCAUGGGCGGAAGAAUUUUAGACUCUUCCGGUCAAACACUUUAUCAGUGUCGAUUCUUUAUUUUGUGAUUACGUUCUUUGCUUAUCUACGGACUUGUCUGAAGAAACCCCAAAAUGUCCAAAAAAGUUGCUGUUGUUACCGGGGCAAAUAAGGGCAUCGGACUGGCUAUAGUGAAAGGGCUGUGCAAAGCAGGUUUCAAGGGAGAUAUUCUCCUCACUGCCCGGAAUGAGAAACUGGGACAAGAGACUGUUGCUGCACUGGGAUGCAAAAACGUAAUCUUCCAUCAACUUGAUAUCUGUGACCAAGGGAGCUGUUUGAAACUCCGAAAGUUUCUAGAGGAGAACUAUGGCGGCCUGGAUGUUCUUGUUAACAACGCGGGGAUAGCCUUCAAACAGUCAGCAACAGAGCCAUUUGGAGAGCAGGCUGAAGUGACCAUGCGUACCAACUUCUGGGGUACACUGUGGGUGUCCCAUGCUCUUCUGCCAAUACUUAACCCCAAUGCUCGGGUGGUCAACGUGUCCAGCUUUGUUAGCAAGAAGUCCCUUGAUCAGUGCAGCCCUGAACUGCAGGCAAAACUCAGAAAUAUACAGAUGUCAGAAGAGGAGCUGUGCCUGUUGAUGGGAGAGUUUGUUCAGGCUGCACAAAAAGGGGACCAUGCAGCUCAGGGCUGGCCAAACAGUGCCUAUGGUACCACCAAGAUUGGAGUGACUGUGCUUUCAAAGAUCCAGGCACGAGUACUCACUGAGACAAGGCCUGGUGAUGGGAUCCUCUUGAAUGCUUGCUGUCCAGGAUGGGUGCGUACAGACAUGGCUGGACCAAAUGCUCUCAAGAGCCCAGAGGAAGGAGCAGAAACGCCUGUCUAUCUGGCCAUGCUGCCCGUAGGGGCCAAGGAGCCACAUGGACAGUUAGUGUGGGACAAGACUGUACAGGAAUGGUAGAGUGAAUAGAAAAGACCAACUCAUCAUUCAAUCUAAACAAUGUCAUAAUCCCAUUUGAUCCUUUCUUUGGUUCUGAAAAUAACAGACUAUUUCAAAAUCAUAUGCAAUAUCAUAAUUAUAUGACAUGUUAUCUUAUUUCAAGAUUAUGAAUUUACAACUUCAAAAUCAUUCACACUAAAAACAAUUAAACUUUAAAAGCCUCACGUGUAGUUGCUGUACAUUUCUUGAAAAUAUUUGCAUGAUGUUGCUGUUUGAUUUAGCGCUCCAUAUCUGAUUUUUGAAUAUUUGUUUAGUUUAUUUAAGGUCACUUUGUUAGAUUCUUUAAUCUGUAUGAACUUUUUUAACCCCCAAUUAUCUCACUGAUAAUUCUCUAGCUUUCUUGUAAAGGAGGAAGCGGGAGCCGGAUAAACAAUCCACGUCAGUCUUUUUAUUGCACAUAUUUCAGUGGCACACACAAACUAAUGCUUUUCAGAAAAACCAAUAACAUACACCUAGACACUGCUGUGUGUGUUUCUCUCCCCUCCAGCGUUCUGAACUGUCCUUUUAACACCCUCCAGCUAUCAAUGCAACACAUAACAGCUAUUAGAGGUGAUUUCACACAGGUGUCAAUCCUUACUGCUCUUCCUUUCCCAGCCUCGCUCUCCACAUAUGUUGCUCGGCCACGUCCACAUCACCACUCUCACUUUAAGAUAAACAGAUUGUGGCCUCUAAUCUACACAAAAGAUUUUUCUCUCUGCACAAAAUGAAACUGCAUCUAAUGUUAUGCAAAUCUCUAUACAUUUUUAAUUUGAGUAUAUAAAGAAGCUAAAUAUAUUUAGAAAGUGGAAAACUUUGUAAACAAUCAUAAAUUUUAGCUACUAAAAUUAUAGGUCAAUUGCUUUCACUUUUUGUUUGCUCACAUUUUUUUUAGGUAAUAUUAUCUCAUCUGCAUAUUUUUGGACACCUAAAGCAAUAAUAGUUGUGAAGGAUUCGACUUGAAUGUACUGGACAAAAUAGACAUUUAUGCCCUGCAAUUUAUCAAGAACUAUAGUCUAUACCCAUCUCACCACUCAUGAUAAUUUACAUGAACUGGAUCUACUGAUGUUAUGCAAGCUUUUGUCCUGUUUGUGAAGUCUGUGGUCUUAGAAAGCCAGCUAAAGACAUUGUAUAUCUAUAAUUAACCAAUUCUGCUUUAAGUUGUCUUAAAAGUAUAAAUUAUAAUUAUAGAGAAAGCUAAAUUUGCAGAACAUUGUGUGAUGUUCUACCAUCUUGAUAAUACUGAUAAAAAACAGUUAUCUGGAGUUGAAGAUAUUUAAGCAGGAAUAAUAGAGGACUUGAAGUGUUGAUUAUAAGUGUUGGCAUUUCCUUAGAAAAAUGAAGGUGGCAAUCACUUAUGGUAUGGAGAAAUCAUAUUUUGAUGAUGAUGAUCAUGAAACAUUUUUGAAAACACAAUCAUGGUGUGGCUUCUCAGCUUGAACUAUAAUCGUAUGCUUUAGAUUUGUGGAACGGUUUUCCCUCAGCUCAAAUUUAAUGUCUAGGUGGCUGCUGACACAUCCAGUUUUGGCAGCAAGCACUCUCUUAAGCAAUGAAGAAAUAAAGGGAAUGUAUGGUCAUUGACCUUGCAUACCUCAGUUUAAAGGAAUAGACUAGUUCAUUCAAAAAUAAAAAUUCUCUCAUAAUUUACCUACCCUCAUGCCAUACCAGAUGUAUAUGACUUUCUUUCAUCUGCUGAACUCAAAUUAAGAUUUUUAGAAGAAUUCUUCAGCUUUUUAGGUCUAUACAAUGCAAGUGACCAUCAUUUUAAAGCACCACAAUCCACAUAAGGGCAACAUUAAAGUACUCCAGAUGACUCUGGUGGUUAAAUCCAUACCUUCUGAAGUAAUAUGAUAGGUGUGGGUGAGAAACAGAUCAAUAACUAAGUUUAUUAAGUAUUUUUAUUUAUUUAUUUUACAAUAAAUCUACAUUUCUUUUUCACUUUUACAUUCUCCUUCUUAUUCAUAUCGCCCCCUACUGGGCAAGGGGACAAUUUAUGAUAAAAAAUGACUUAAAUAUUGAUCUGUUUCAUCAUAAUGUGUCUGAACACAUGGAUUUAACCUCUGGAGUCAUAUGGAUUACUUUUAAUACUCUCUUUCUGUGGAUUUUGGAGCCUUAAAAUGUUGGCACCCAUUCACUUGCACUGUGAGGAUCUACAGAGUUGAUAUAUAUAUAUAUAUAUAUAUAUAUAUAUAUAUAUAUAUAUAUAUAUAUAUAUAUAUAUAUAUAUAUAUAUAUUUAAUCUUAAUUUGUGUUCUGCAGAAGAAAGACAGCCAUAUACAUCUGGGAUGCCAGGAGGGUGAGUAAAUCAUGAGAGAAAUUUCUUUUUUGGGUGAAAUGUCCCUUUAGCAGCAGUGCAGUACAACAGAUCAAGUGCAGCAUCAAGGACUUCGUUGUGUAAAUGAAUUCACUCAGUGAGUUCGAUCAUUUGCCAGUUUAAUUAUGAGUAACUGAAAUAUUUUUAUAUGGUAAUAUCAAUCAGAAAAUCGUUAAUUAACAAACAGAAACCUGUCAUAUUAUUCAUAUUUUGUGCGGAUUGAAAAUGUGAGGGAAAAGACAGUGCAUGUGAUACUCAGUUGUUCCACUAGAGUGAAUCAUAGGACUUAACAUUUCAAUAAAGUCUACCAUUGAUUCCA